CGUGGAUUAUGGAGAGGGGCGGAGAUAGAGAGGAAGAUGCUCGGAGAGAGAGAGGAAGUGGCGCGGAUAGAGAGAGGAAGAGGUGCGGAGAGAGAGAGGAAGAGGCACGGAGAGAGAGAGAGGAAGAGGCGCGGAGAGAGAGAGGAAGAGGCGCGGAGAUAGAGAGGAAGAGGCGCGGAGAGAGAGAGAGGAAGAGGCGCGGAGAGAGAGAGGGAGAGGAAGAGGCGCGGAGAGAGAGAGAGAGGAAGAUUCGCGGAGAGAGAGAGAGGAAGAGGCGCGGAGAGAGAGAGAGGAAGAGGCGCGGAGAGAGAGAGAGGAAGAUUCGCGGAGAGAGAGAGAGAGGAAGAGGCGCGGAGAGAGAGAGGAAGAGGUGCAUAAACGAAGGGAGAGGACCCAGGCGAGUUCAACUUUAGACUCCUAUCUGGCUUAUAGUAGAGUUCCUCGUGCGCGUAGCCUAGCCUGGGUGAUAUAGAGCAAGAAAUAAAGAGAGGAAUAAAGGACGAAGGUUCCGCUUCGUCCCACUACCCGCUUUCCCUCGCUUCCCGCUUUUCGCUUUCCCUCGCUCCCACUUCCAGUUUUUCCCUCGCUUCCCGCUUCCCGCUUUCCCGCGCCUCCCGCUUCCCUCUUUCCGUGGCUUCCACCUCCCGCUUUCCCUUGCUUACAGCUUGCUGCUUUCCCGCGCUUCUCGCUUCCCGCUUUCCCGCGCUUCCCGGUUCCCGCUUUCCCUCGCUUCCCGCUUUCCCGCGCUUCCCGCUUCCCGCUUUCCCUCGCUUCCCGCUUCCAGCUUCCCGCUUCCCGUUUCCCGUGCGUUCCCACGCUUCCCGCUGACCCUCGCUUUCCGCUUCCCGCGUUCCCUCGCUUUCCGCUUCCCGCGUUCCCUCGCUUUUCGCUUCCCGCCUCCCACUGACCCCCGCUUCCUGCUUCCUCCCUUCCCCCUGCUUCCCGCUUUCCCUCUCUUCCCGCUUUUGGGAGCUUCGUGAGGAGUUAGAGCAAGGAAGGGGUCGAGGCGAAGCAGCAGGGAAGAGAGCGAGGCAGGAGGGAGAGCAGGGGAGGGGGAAAGGAGUGAGAGCAACGAAGAGUCGAAGACGUUGGAGCCAAUGGUCCAGAGUGCCAGCACCAGAAUUCUGGGCCUAGUAGUCAUAUUCCGCUUACUGCAGAGGCCAUAAAGUUUUUCUCAGUAUGGGAGAUGUUUGCACAAUUGCCAUGAGUUAUAUUGCUGUACUUUACAGUAAAACAUGCCACAGCUAAGGAGGGCCAUAGUGUUUGAGAUAUUGAGCUAUUGGUAU